GGGCUGUACAGUGCUUGUAUUGGACUAGCAAGUGCUGUAUCUAAUGGGAUUAGAGCAGCGCGGUGUGCCGGCCCAGCAGCCCGGGAAUUCGUGAAGCGUAUGCGUUCUACGCUAGAAGGGAAAGCUCUUCGGAACCUGUCCUCUGCGACCCAUCCCCUCGAUGAACCCGAUCAGUCGACUCUUCAGCAAAUACUCCUUCCCACAUACGAUGGGACGAGAUUCGACUGCGCUAGCUUUGUCUGAAGCAAGCGGGAUUCUGUACCAAACCGGAUGUCAGAGAAGGAAGGGUUCAAGGCUCUCAUCCAGGACGGGACAAGAAGUCCAGUGCUGCGCGCCGUGGUGUCUCAUACCACCCGGUCUCAGCCAGUAGACAGGGCUGAUCAUGACUUCGACCGCCCACGACUGGCCCAACAAGUGAUGUCCUUUCAAAUGUUCGCAAUCUCGGCCGGGUCCGGGACUCUUUCUGUGGAUAGGCAGGGGUUCGUGGUGUGGGUGAGCGAUCAGAUGUCCCAAAAUCGUCUAAGCAAGCGAGGGGGAGUGGAUCCGAUGUGGCCCGUGAUGCUUCCCUUCUCUCAUCUUGUCGAAUCAGGUGUCGUGCCGCAACUCUGCAAGUCGAAAGCCCAAGGAUGCCCGUCGGAGCUGGACCUUGCUGAUUUUCCCGCCCACAUUCUCUUGUCUCCUGGGAUCCAAUUCUCAUGCUCUGUCUGGUUCUGCAAACCGAGACCCCUUGAUAUCCGUGAAGCGGAUCCCGUCGGUUGGGGCUGCCAUCCAAGUCCCAAAACGGAGAGCUGCAGUCAGUGCGUUGCAGGGACCAGAGAUAGCAGCACGCAUGCCGGUCCAUACUGUGUAAAUUACAGCCUGUCGACCUGCACAGGACGCCCAGAUCAAGUGCCGAGAGUGCCAAAAGAAAAAAAUUACUACCGUAUGGUAGGUAAGGGAGUUCGGAGUAUCGUUGUUGUUACAAGAUGAGCUGAGAAUUUGAGAUGGACAAUGUGGCUGAUGGAGAAAAGAGCUGACCCUCUCCCUGGGGUGAAACAGCAACAAGCGCG